AUGAAUACGGACGAAAAAUCUGUAAUGCAAAAUGAUAAUUCAUCUUUAAAUAAAGAAAAUAAAUCUUCCCCUCAAAAGCCGCAUUUAAGGAAAGCAGCAGGAAUUGUAUGGAAAGAUCCAUCACUCGAUGAAUGGCCAGAAAAUGAUUUUCGAAUUUUUUGUGGCAAUUUAGGAAAUGAAGUGACAACUGAGAUUUUAGCAAAUGCCUUUAGAAAAUAUAAAUCAUUUAAUAUGGCAAAAGUAAUACGAGAAAAGAGAAAUAAUAAAACAAAGGGUUACGGAUUUGUAUCUUUAUCAGACCCCCAAGAUAUGCUAGACGCAUUAAAAAAUAUGAAUAAUACAUUUAUUGGUAAUAGACCAGUAACUAUUAAAAGAAGUCGAUGGAAAGAUAGAGAAAUCGACUCAAAGAAAAACAAAGAUUUUGAUGAGUUUAUAAAGAAUCCAUAUGCUCCCACUAAAAAAUUUAGGAAGUUUAAAAAAUUUGUCAAACGUGACAAUACAGAGGUUCAUGAUAGAUUGAUAAGUAAAAAUACACAAGGGUGA